UUUUUUUUUUUGAUUUACCUACGCCAACUGCUUUAUGAAGAAACGGAAAUAUUUGUUAAAUGAUCACACUCUCUUCUCUUUCAUUCUCUUUUUGUUUUUUUAUUUCUCUUUGGUUCUUUGACCAUUGUUCUCAACUAAUACUAAUAGCGGGCAGAUCAAAAAUCACCAUUGCCAAUCAUUUGAAUGCUUCUAAAUAAGGCUUCAAAAGAGUUUCAGCAGCCAGAAUCUGCUGGCAAUUAUUAUCACGAGUCUCAAGAGAUUCAAGAUCAUGAAAAAGCAAGCCCACCUUCUUAUAUCUCUCAGAAUUUAAAUGAGGAAGAAGCUAAUGAACUUCAGUCGGGCACUGUCCGUGGCUUAACUGCCAGACAUAUUCAAAUGAUAUCUUUGGGUGGUGCCAUUGGUACUGGUCUCUUUUUGAAUUCAGGCAGUAAUAUUGCUGAAGCUGGACCUGCUGGUGCUUUGAUUGCCUAUUGUGUGUACUGUAUCAUGACAUGUCUUGGGGAAAUGGCUACUUUCAUGCCCGUAUCUGGCUCAUUCAACCACUAUGCUACACGAUUUGUUGAUCCUUCAUUAGGUUUUGCUUUAGAUUUAGCUGUGACAAUUUCAACAGAACUCGCCGCUGCUGCAACGAUUAUCAAAUAUUGGAAGGAAGUGAUGCCUGAUGCUGCCUGGUCCAUCAUUUUCCUUGUUCUCAUGAUUGCCAUUAACUUCUUGGGCGUUAGAAUUUAUGGUGAGAUGGAGUAUUGGUUUGCUUUAAUCAAGAUUCUUAUUGUCAUUGUCUUUGUGAUUAUUGCUAUUCUCGCUACGGCGGGUGCUAUUGGUGGCCACACAAUUGGUUUUGAAUAUUGGAAGAACCCCGGUGCUUUCAAUAAUGGUGCUGUUGGAACAGUGAGCGUCCUUCUAUCUGCUGGUUUCUCUUUUCAAGGAACGGAAAUUGUUGGUAUCACUGCUGGUGAAGCCAAAAAUCCCACAAAGACAGUGCCUCGCGCUAUUCGCAAUACUUUCUGGCGUAUCCUUAUUUUCUACGUCCUUACAAUCUUUCUGAUUGGUAUGUGUCUGCCUUUCAACAAUGAAGAUUUGCAGAAUGGUGAUGGUGGACCUGGUACUGCUUCUUUCACUUUGGUGUUUAAAGUGGCUGGAAUUGAAGCGGGUGCACAUGUUAUUAAUGCUGUGGUUUUAACCAGUGUUUUGUCUGCUUGUAACUCUUCUAUGUAUACCACUUCUCGUACUCUAUUGGGUUUGUCGAGAGAUAACAACGCUCCUGCUUUUCUGGGUCGCGUGAAUCGGUUCGGUGCUCCUUUCUGGGCUGUAUUGUUUUCGUCCAUCACUGGUUUUGCUUGUGUCUUUGUAUCUAUUUAUAGUGCUGAAGAGGCCUUCAUUUGGUUUUUGAGUAUCACUGCUGUGACCGGUUUCAUCAGCUGGGCCGGCAUCGCUGGUAUUCAUAUACGUUUCCGUCGUGCCUAUAUUCGACAAGGCAGGAGCAUUGAUGAGCUUCCCUACAAAGCGAUGGGUUAUCCUUUCAGUGGUCUUUUUGCCUGCAUCCUUUGUAUUUUGAUUAUUCUUGGCCAAGGUUACAAGGCUUUCACUCCUGAAUUUAAGCCUAUUACUUUUGUUACCAAUUACAUCGGUAUUGUUCCAUUUGUGUUAUGUUAUGUUAUUCACAAGCUUUGGACCAAGAGCAAAGUUGUUCCACUGGAAGAAGUUGACUUUGAAACAGGUCGUGUUACUCGUUUAGACAUUGAAAAAGACAAUGAAGAGGACAAACACAUACCUCGCUGGAAGAAAGUGUUGGCUUGGAUAAUUUAAAGUAAUACAAUACUGUCUGUAUGAUUUACUGAAUACUAUGUCUUUUUUUUUUUUUUUAUUACAAUAUAACGUUAUUCAUAUCCGCUCAUAAUAAUAAUACAAUUUCGCUAAUUUAUUAUCCCAAUAACGAAAAUAAUUUGUUCUAUCUUGAAGUUGAAUGUAAAACAGUCAUACUUAAACUUUUACUCACUUUGUAACAAUGACCUAAACGACGUAAAAAGUAGGUAAAUGUACAAUAAAUUCCCUUAUUAGUUUCAAUCCCGUGCCAGAUUGUAUUUGAC